GAGAUUUAAACACUUUUCGAUAUCAGCAACAUGCCUUUGUAGUCUUCGUAAACAUUCAUUGACACAAUCAACAAUCUUUAUGCAGGCAGAUGCAAGAAUUCUUGCAGAAAUAAAUGCCCGAAAUUAUAACAGGGAUAAUCGCAUCGAUGAAUACGAUACGAUCUUAUCUGAUGAUUCCAUGGACGGGAGUGAUCACGUCCUAGCAUCUUCAUCAUCGGAAUCCAGUGAAUCAGAUGGCGAUUCAGAGGCGAGUACUGUAGAAAUUGAAGAGCAGAGUCAAGCCACUAACGGUAAAUAUUCACCUGAUUUAAGUAGCAAACAUGACGGUGAGGCAGAUGUGAUGGAUGACCAUAAUAAUGAUGACAAGAACGAAAAUGAGAACGUGAUAGAUGAUUACGAUGGGGAUGGUUGUCAGAUGACUAGAGAUGAACCUAUGAGGAAAGAUCAUCUGGGUGUGAAUGGAAGGGGGAAAUCCGCUUGGUUAGACACUUUUGCAGGAGUUUGAAUUUAAGAAUGGUUUUUAUUAUAUCACGUACGCAAAUACAUGUAAUUUUCAG